AGAGCAGCCGCCAUGUCUGCUGCAGCGACAACGACCGCGGCGCCUGUCGCCACGGCGGCGUCCCAGGCCGGCAUCUUUGAGGGCAUGAAUCCGACAGUGUUCAAUCCGUCAGACCCGAUUGUGCUCUUCAUCAUCCAAGCUACAAUCGUCAUUGGAUUGACACGGCUUCUUUAUUGGCCCUUGGCCAAGAUACAUGAGCCAAAAGUCAUUGCCGAAGUCAUCACGGGAAUAAUACUUGGACCUUCGGUGAUGGGUCGAAUCCCAGGCUUCACGGCUACUAUAUUCCCGCCUGCAUCCAUGGCACCGUUCCGCUUGGCAGCCAACAUCGGCCUGGUCCUGUAUCUUUUCCUUGUCGGCCUUGAGAUCGACCUCGGCUAUCUUCUACGCAACUGGCGCAUUGCAGUCAGUGUUGCGAGCUUCGACAUGGCCAUCCCCUUUGGCUUGGGCGUCGCUCUCGCCUAUGGCUUGUAUAACGAGUUCAAGGACGAGCCGGGGAUUGCACCCAUCUCUUUUGGGGUGUACGCACUUUUUAUCGGCAUUGCCAUCGCUAUUACAGCAUUCCCGGUGCUCUGUCGAAUUCUCACCUCUCUCAAGCUCCUCAACAGCAACGUUGGUGUCAUUGUGCUCACCUCAGGCAUUAUCAACGACGUCGUCGGAUGGAUCCUGCUUGCCUUGUGCGUCACUCUCGUUAACUCGGGCGCUGGCAUCACAGCCCUGUAUAUCCUCUUGGUUGCCGUCGGAUUCAGCUUGUUCUUAGCCUAUGCAGUCCGGCCGGCAUUCAUGUGGGUGCUACGUAAGACGCACAGCUUGGAGAAUGGCCCAACUCAGGGUGUGGUGGCGCUGACCAUCUUUAUGGUUCUUGCCUCUGCCUUCUUCACCAGCAUUAUUGGAGUGCACUCCAUCUUUGGUGCCUUCAUGGUCGGUCUCAUGUGCCCCCAUCAGGGCGGUUUCGCCGUCAAAUUGACGGAGAAGAUUGAAGACCUGGUUGCCGUUAUAUUUGUCCCUCUUUUCUUUGCGCUCUCAGGUAUCAACACGAACCUGGGCCUUUUGGAUAGCGGCAGAAUAUGGGCUUAUGUCUUUGCCGUCAUAUUUGUCGCCUUCUUCAGCAAGCUCAUCGGCGGUACCAUAGGCGCCAGGUUGAACGGUCUCGUGUGGCGCGAGUCCUUCACCAUCGGUACGUUGAUGUCGUGCAAGGGUCUGGUCGAGCUUAUUGUUCUCAACAUCGGGCGGGAGGCUCGCAUUCUCUCCACGAGAACCUUUACAAUAUUCGUCGUCAUGGCUCUGGUCACGACCUUUUUGACAUCGCCCCUCGUUAUGUGGCUGUACCCCCCUUCAUACCAACAAAAGCUUGAACUAUGGAAACAAGGCAAGAUCGACUGGGACGGGAACCCCAUACACCCAUCCGACGAAGACGAGAUCGACGAGGCGGGUGCCCUCGACAAGAAGGACGUUGCCACUCGUCUUCUGGUUUACAUUCGAGCCGAUGGUCUCUCGAGCGUUUUGUCCACUGUUUCACUUUUCACAAGUGCAGGUGUGCAAACCGAGUCGGACUAUCCGGGACCGUCUGUGGACCCUAACGCCGCAGUCCACCUCAACGGCGAGAGCAUGAAGGAAGGCAUUACUCCGGCCACCGCAGCUCUGAUGCUGCCCCGACUCGAGAGGCUGCCGCUGCUCCGCGUCCAUGGCUACCGACUCGUCGAGUUGAGUGAGCGCAACUCGUCGGUCAUGCAAGUUGCUGACAUUGAGCAGUACGCUGCGCAUGACCCCAUCAUCAAGGCGUUUGGCACGUCGGCCAACACAGCCACUAGAGACGUUGUCGUGUCGGGCAAGAUCGCCGUGGUGCCCCAGAACUCGUUCGCCGAUACCCUGGCGGAUGAGGCUGGAAAUCUGCGUAGUGACUUGAUCCUGGUGCCAUGGAGCGAGACAGGGAGCAUUUCGGAGAUGCCGUCGCUGUAUGGCGGCGUCCCCAGCACUGAUCCCCUUCGUAAUGACAGCUUUGUGCAGCUCGCGGCUGGGAUCUUCGAUGCGGCCAACAACGUCUCCGCUGUCGGCGUCUACCUUGACCGUACUCUGCUCGCCAAGCCGGACGCCGGCGUCGCCGAGACCGUGGCGGAGGGUAAACGAUACCAACUCACGAAGCACACCACUGGCAUUAGCGUUGUCGACACCCAGCCGGACCGCUUGGCAGCCAAAUUCUUCUCGGCAGAGCACAGAAAAAAGAUCAUCCGGGUCUUCUUCUCCGGCACUGAGGAUGACAUGUUUGCUGUACGACUUGCCCUGCAGCUCUCGCGUUCGGGUUCGACAGAGCUGCAAGUCGCAACCUGCUACCACAGCCGCGACAAUGGUUUCAUCGCCGACUUUGAGAGGCUAAGGGCCAGGCUUGAGCAGGGUCCCGAGAGUGAAAGAGUCAUUUUCACGAGCAUCGAGCCGCAGGAUACCCAGCCAUCAGCUUCGGAGGCAGAGCCAUCCACGGGCGUCUUGGAUGUACUUGCUGCCCUGGUCGGGGAAGAGACGCAUCAAAACAUAACGACGAUUCUCAUUGUCGGCCGCACGUCUACUUUGCCCUCGGCAGAGCCCAGUGAGUACUGGGAGAUGCGCAGUGCGCUGGGAAACGUUGCUACACGUGCGGCAGCCAAGAUCAGAAAGUGCGGUGCCAAAAACAUCAGUCUUCUGGUUGUUCAGGCUAGGAAAGCUGCCGUCGCACAAUCCAGUACUACUUCAGGGCCUUCCGGGCAGGUACUGGAGAGGAAAACAAGCCAUGAGAGCCAGGCUAGCGAGGUUGGCGAACAUACAGCGUAA